UUGGCGCCUGCGCCACCGUGUGCGGAGCAGGCACCAUGGAUUCCUUCAAGGUAGUGCUGGAGGGGCCAGCACCUUGGGGCUUCCGGCUGCAAGGGGGCAAGGACUUCAAUGUGCCCCUCUCCAUCUCUCGGCUCACCCCUGGAGGCAAAGCUGCACAGGCUGGCGUGGCUGUAGGAGACUGGGUGCUGAGCAUCGAUGGUGAGAACGCAGGGAGCCUCACACACAUUGAGGCCCAGAACAAGAUCCGCGCCUGUGGGGAGCGCCUCAGCCUGGGGCUUAGCAGAGCCCAGCCUGUUCAGAGCAAACCACAGAAGGCCCUGACCCCUCCCGCCGAUCCCCCGAGGUAUACUUUUGCACCAAGCGCCUCCCUCAACAAGACGGCCCGGCCCUUUGGGGCACCCCCACCUACUGACAGCACCCCGCAACAGAAUGGACAGUUGUUCAGACAGCUGGUCCCCGAUGCCAGCAAGCAGCGGCUGAUGGAGGAUACCGAAGACUGGCGGCCACGGCCAGGGACAGGCCAGUCCCGCUCCUUCCGCAUCCUUGCCCACCUCACGGGCACAGAGUUCAUGCAAGACCCGGAUGAGGACUACAUGAAGAAGUCAAGCCAGGUGCCCAGGACAGAAGCCCCAGCCCCAGCCCCAGCCUCAACUAUACCCCAGGAACCCUGGCCUGGCCCCACCACCACCCCCAGCCCCACCAGUCGCCCACCCUGGGCCGUGGACCCUGCGUUUGCUGAGCGCUAUGCCCCAGACAAAACCAGCACAGUGCUGACCCGGCAUAGCCAGCCUGCCACACCCACGCCUCUGCAGAACCGAACCUCCAUAGUGCAGGCUGCAGCUGGAGGGGGCACAGGAGGGGGCAGCAACAAUGGCAAGACUCCCGUGUGCUACCAGUGCCACAAGAUCAUUCGGGGCCGUUACCUGGUCGCACUGGGCCAUGCAUAUCACCCUGAAGAAUUUGUGUGCAGCCAGUGUGGGAAGGUCCUGGAAGAGGGUGGCUUCUUUGAGGAGAAGGGGGCAAUUUUUUGCCCCUCCUGCUAUGACGUGCGCUAUGCACCCAGCUGUGCCAAAUGCAAGAAGAAGAUCACUGGAAUAUGUCAAAUCAACUUGGAAGGAAAGACCUUCUACUCCAAGAAGGACAAGCCCCUUUGCAAGAGCCAUGCCUUCUCCCACGUAUGAGUGCCUUCCUCAUACUAUUGCCACCCCACCCUGCCUGAAGGGUGACAAAUCAAGAGUGAUCGCCCUCGACAUUUCGGGUAGGGCUGGUAGUAGUUGUCCCAGCCCCAACUCCUAGCUGGGUCCUGGGGCUCCCUGAACCCUGUUUCACUGUCUUCACAAUCCCCUUGCCUACACGUCACCACCGCCACUCACUGGUGCUGGCCAUACUCGGCCCUGUUCAUUCCAGUGCCACAAUAAACCUGUAUCUAGCUGUG